AUGUCACUUUUCGAUAUAUCAACUCUACUUUGUGCCUACGGUAUAACACUUUAUGAGAUACAGAAGAGAAACGAGUGCUCAGAAAUUGUCCGAUACGUGGGUAUAUUCAGGCCUGCAGGUACCUCGAAACCAAAUGCCAAUAAUAAUUUGACUUUUGAGCAAAUGCAUGAACCCAUCUAUGGAUAUUUAUCGACAAGGAUUAGCCCCAAAACCCUUGACGCCGGAAAAACUCUGAAAGUUUGA